CAAAAAGAAGUUUAGAAACAGAAUAUACACCCCAACAAAUCAUGUUUUCUGUCAUCAGGAGGUGUCUUAUCACACAGUCAGCUGUAAAAUAUGUUCCACGAAGUAAUGGUGGACCUCCCUGCCCAGUGUAUUUGCAAGUUGCAACAAUGAAAAAUUUUGAGCCAUUCAACACAUUUGAUGAUGUCCGAAUCCCACCCAAGCCCAAGCUCAAGUUCCUGAAUAAAGUUCCAAAGAAGACUCGAUACAGGAAAGUUUUCAAAAGCUUACAUGACAUCAGAGGCCCUUCUGAAGUAGCAAACACUCUCAUCUAUAACCAAUAUGGCUUACUGGCUACUACACCAGGUUACAUGCAGCAUGGUCAUUUUGAGAUGAUCCGUCUGACCAUCAAUCGCUUCAUUGGAGAUAGUGACCACAUGUUUGGUCGGUGGAGGGUCAAUGCACCUUUCAAACCGGUCACUAGAAAAGGUCAAGGACAGAGGAUGGGUGGAGGCAAAGGCAGCGUUCACCACUACGUGACGCCGGUGAAGGCGGGUCGUAUCGUGAUGGAGAUGGGCGGUAAGAUGGAGUUUGAGGAGAUUCAUAGUAUCCUCUACCAGAUCUCUAAGAAGCUCCCGUUCCGUUGCAAGGUGGUAUCUAAGGAGAUCAUGGAGAGGGAUGCAGAUCUCUACCAGUUCAGGCAUCAGGAGAACAUCAAUCCGUGGACGUUUGAGCGCAUCGCCAAGGGCAACUAUCUGGGCAUGUCCAAGUUCCUUGGACCAUGUGACUAUAAAUGGUAUGGAGAGCACCGGUGACGGGACGGACAACAAACCUGGAUUAGUCUGAACAUUAAAGAUCUUGCAAUGGUGCAAGGUUUCAGGAAUAUCAUCUCGUUUUUGAGGAGGCCCAUGCAAAUUAUAAACUGUAUUUUCCUUUUCUUUCUUUUUUCUUUUUAGAGAGCAUAUCGCAUAAAGGUAUAAAAUCCAUAUGUUCUACCGAACUGUGUUUGAAUAUUAUUGAUUUCCCUAGCACUUAAAGAGAAGGUUGAGUUCUGGGAAGAGGUGAAAAAUAAUUUGUGAGAGUUAUCAUUGUUAUUAUGAAAGUGUGGAAGAACAUCAGAUAAGACA